UGUCGUCGCCGCGGUUGGUCGGGAUUUGUGUCCGUAAACUCCUUGAAUUUCGCAUAUUCUCGGUUUUGCGAGUUUGGAACAUUUCUUUCAGCCAGUCACUAGCGCUACGUGACUUAUCGGCGAAGCACUAUGGCGGCAACGAGUAAUCCCUACGAUAAGCAUCUGAAGACAUUGGAUGUGCAUGGAAAAUCUUACAAAUACUACGACCUGUCUGGAUUGGGCCCCAAAGUCGACAAGCUCCCGUACAGCAUCAGAGUGUUGCUGGAGUCAUGCGUCCGCAACUGUGACAACUUCCAAGUGCUCGAGAAGGAUGUGAAGAAUGUUCUCGACUGGGAAAAGAACCAGGCAGUCCCUGGCGGGGUGGAGAUUGCGUUCAAACCUGCCAGGGUCAUACUACAGGAUUUCACAGGAGUCCCAGCGGUGGUGGACUUUGCGGCGAUGCGGGACGCGGUGAAGGACCUGGGCGGUAACCCGGACAAGAUCAACCCCAUCUGCCCCGCCGACCUGGUCAUAGACCAUUCAGUGCAGGUGGACUACGCCAGGGCAGCGGACGCUCUAAACAAAAAUCAAGAGUUGGAGUUUGAGAGGAACAAGGAGAGAUUCCAGUUUCUUAAGUGGGGAGCUCAAGCAUUCCAAAAUAUGUUGAUCGUACCUCCAGGCUCGGGCAUCGUGCACCAGGUGAACCUGGAGUAUCUGGCCAGGGUGGUGUUCACGGAGGGCGUGCUGUACCCUGACUCCGUGGUGGGCACCGACAGCCACACCACCAUGAUCAACGGGCUCGGCGUCGUCGGCUGGGGCGUCGGAGGAAUCGAAGCGGAAGCUGUGAUGCUGUCGCAGCCGAUCAGCAUGCUGCUCCCGAAGGUGGUGGGGUACAAGCUGGUGGGGGACCUCAACCCGCUGGUGACCUCCACCGACCUCGUGCUCACUAUCACUAAGCACUUGCGCACGCUGGGCGUGGUGGGGAAGUUCGUGGAGUUCUUCGGGCCGGGGGUGGCGGCGCUGAGCGUGGCGGACCGCUCCACCGUGGCCAACAUGUGCCCGGAGUUCGGCGCCACCGUCGCCUUCUUCCCGGUGGACGAGCGCUCGCUCGAGUACCUCAUCCAGACCAACCGCAAGAAGGAGCAGGUUGAUGUGAUCAAGGCAUACCUGCAGGCCAGCAAGCAGUUCCGGGACUUCAACAAUUCAUCAGAAGACCCGACCUUCUCAGAGGUGGUGGAGUUGGACUUGUCGACGGUGGUGACGUGUGUCAGCGGACCCAAGCGGCCGCAGGACCGCGUGGCCGUGGCAGACAUGAAGAAGGACUUCAGCGCCUGCCUUACUAACAAGGUGGGCUUCAAAGGCUUCGGGCUCUCACAGGACAAGCUGAAGGCUUCUGGAAGCUUCACGUACAGUGACGGGAAGACAUACACCAUCAGCCAUGGCUCCGUCAUCAUCGCAGCCAUCACCUCCUGCACCAACACUUCCAACCCGAGCGUCAUGCUGGGGGCAGGUCUUCUCGCCAAGAAAGCAGUGGAGAAUGGACUCUCAGUGCUGCCAUACGUGAAGACGUCGCUGUCGCCGGGCUCCGGAGUGGUCACCUACUACUUGAAGGAGUCAGGAGUGCUCCCCUACAUGGAGAAGCUGGGCUUCAACGUGGUCGGCUAUGGGUGCAUGACCUGCAUCGGCAACUCCGGACCAAUUGACGACAACAUCGCAAACACUAUUGAGAAGAACGAGCUGGUGUGCUGUGGCGUCCUGUCAGGCAACCGCAACUUCGAGGGCCGCAUCCACCCCAACACGCGCGCCAACUACCUGGCGUCGCCGCUGCUGGUCAUCGCAUACUCGCUGGCCGGCACCAUGGACAUUGACUUGGAGACUGAACCACUGGGCACCCGCAAGGACGGCUCUAAGGUGUUCUUGCGCGACAUCUGGCCAACGCGCGCCGAGAUACAGGAGGUCGAAUCCAAACACGUCAUACCGCGGAUGUUCAAAGAGGUGUACGCGAAGAUCGAAAGCGGCUCAUCAUCCUGGCAGGCGCUGGACGUUCCUCGAGGGAAGCUGUACUCAUGGGACUCCAAGUCCACAUACAUCAAGAAGCCACCGUUCUUCGAUGGGAUGAGCAAGGAGCUGCCUCUGAUGAGCGACAUCGAAGGCGCCCGCUGCAUCCUCUUCCUCGGCGACUCGGUGACCACAGACCACAUAUCCCCGGCGGGCUCCAUCGCCAGGAACUCACCAGCGGCGAGAUACCUCGUGUCUAGAGGUCUAACCCCGAAGGAGUUCAACUCGUACGGGUCGCGGCGAGGGAACGACGCGGUGAUGUCUCGAGGCACCUUCGCCAACAUCCGGCUGGUGAACAUGCUGGCUCCCAACGCAGGGCCUAAGACCACGCACUUCCCCAGCAAGGACGUCAUGUCGGUCUUCGAUGCCGCAGCCAGGUACGCGGAAGAGAAGGUGCCUCUGGUCGCGGUGGUCGGCAAGGAUUACGGUUCCGGGUCCAGUCGAGAUUGGGCUGCGAAAGGAACGUACUUAUUGGGCAUCAGGGCGGUGAUAGGCGAGUCCUUCGAGCGCAUCCACCGGUCCAACCUGGUGGGUAUGGGCGUGAUGCCGCUGCAGUUCCUGCCCGGGGAGAGCGCCAAGACCCACGGCCUCAACGGCUCCGAGCGGUACACCAUCAAGGUGCCCGGCGACGUGGCUCCCUUGAGCAAAGUCACUGUCAAGGUCGAUACCGGCAAGUCGUUUGAGGUGAUCGUACGAUUCGACACAGAGGUCGACAUAGCAUACUAUAAGCAUGGAGGUGUCCUUAACUAUAUGGUUCGGAAGAUGAUAUAAUGGGGAUUAACACUAGAAGCUCAAAUGUAGGUGGCAGCGCUGUUGAGGGUUCCUAAAUGUUAACAGUUCUCCAUACUGUCCAACUGAAAUUCGUGAUAAAUUGCUACAAAAUGUGGAGUAACGUGGAGUGUAUCCCGUCUGAAGGAUGAGUUGCGAAAAAGAAAAACCAUCAUUGGAAAAAGCCAGUUUAGACUUUAGGGAAUAAAUAUUAAAAAAAAUAUAUAUAUUUCAGACAGAUGCCCAUAUUUGUUAGCACUAACACACACACUAACACUAACACACACACACACACCUAACACUAACACACCACACUAACACUAUAACACAACACACACACACACAGUGAUAAUACUAUGAUAUUGCAUUAAAACGCCGCGCAAAGGGUUAUAGUGUAAAAAUAUAACCAAAACAAUGUGUCUGUUUACUCAAAUAGUAUGGGGAACUGUCAAAGUUUAAGAACACUCAACAGUAGCGACACCUGAUGGGAGAAAUAGGCAGUUUAUAUCCUUAUCAAUUGGUGAGUCGAUAUUUGAUUAUAAUCAAUAUGGGUGUUUUAAAAAUAUAAAUUAACUUAAAUAACCAAAAUAGCUCGGUGGCGCAACGGUAAACGCGCUCGGUCUGCGAUUGUUGAAGUUAAGCAACUUUCGCAAAGGCCGGUCGUAGGAUGGGUGACCACAAAAAAGUUUUCAUCUCGAGCUCCUCCGUGCUUCGGAAGGCACGUUAAGCCGUUGGUCCCGUCCCGGGGUUGGUCUGUUGGUGGAGGUUGUCCUUCAGUUUCAGUAAUUUUGCUGUCUAAUUGAAAUGCGUUGGUUAUUUAAGAUGUUUUUUUUUAUUUUUGAAACGCCCAUUCUUAUAGAAUAUUUAAAGGGUAUAGUGAAAUGAUAAUGACGAUAUUUUCAUAAAGAUUUUAUUAUUAUGGGCGCCCGCACACGUCCGACUUUUUGUAGGAUAGAAAAUCGGGCCGAUUUUUCUCCGAUUCUUAUGCCCGAUUUUGUGACCGACUCGACGCACGUUCCAUUUUUCACCGAUAGUCGGAUCGGUCGAGAUGCACCGAUUUUAUUUCUGACCGACUUUUUGUAGGACGUGGGCGUUGCAUUAUUGCGAGCUAUUAAGAGCCACGCUCUUGUCGGUGCAGCAUUUUCCAAGCUACUUUUUUAGGGAAAAAUAGGGCAGUGGUUUCCCUCUUGCCUUCCGCCCCGCAGUACUCUGUCUGACGAAAGUGAGAUGGCGCCCAGAGUAGUCUAUUUCAAAGCCAUACUAGGACUCCUGUCCUUUGCCUCUGAAUAGUACUGACAGUUACUGCUGCCCUCUGUCAGGUUCCAUUGCGAGCAGGGGUUAAAAUGGCCACAUAGAAGCAAUUAAUCUAAGAAAUCAAUAUUGCAAUUUGACAUUUGCGCAUAUAAAAGUAAGUGCGCAAUGCAAACAAAUGUCAAAUAGCAAUAUUGAUUUCUUAGAAGAAUUGCUUCGAUGUGGCCAUUUUAACCCCCCUGUACAGUCAUGAGUAAUAUCACGUACCCACUUUAGAACCGUGUCGCACUAUCGUAUUUGACAUGUAAUGAGACUUACGGUUUAAUUUGUCGAAAAAGUUACUGUGACAUGGUACAAAAGUGUAUACAUAUUAAUGCUCGUGACCGUACGUUCUAUUUUUCUCCUACAAAAAGUCGGACGCCGUUAGUCUGACGUGGGCGGGCAGCCUUAUGGAGGAGAUAAAGUUGCUACCAUUAACCUCGUAUAGACAAAAUUAAGUAUACAAUAUUGUCACCCAGAGACGCCGUGUAAAGAUCGAAUUUAGUCGCCAUGAGCGUAAUGACGAUACUGUAGAACCGAUAUUAUUCUUUAUUUUAACAGCCAUAACAUCUUAAUUUGAGGGAACGAACUUAUACUGGCCCCGAUUCCUGCAGACAUCUCUUAAUUUUACUUUAAGUUAUACCUGUCAUUUUCUUAUCCGCCGAAAAGGAAAGGGACGGAUGAUUGACAGCUCUUAAUUUUAGGAAGAAUGAGUAAAUAAAUGAAUAACCCGGGCGAAUUUUUAGACGGUUGUUUUAGAUUUGUGCUUAAAAUUGACGUGUGUUCCAUAAAUUUUAUGCUUGUCGAUUACCCGUCCCUUUCCUUUUCGGCGGAUAAGAAAAUGACAGAUAUAACCUAAAAUAAAAUUAGAUGGUAUUUACAGGAAUUAGCACCACUAUCUACAUAACUUAAUCCAUACGUAUUUACAAGGUUCGGACACUUUUUUAGAAAAAAUCCUUGGCGAUUGUGGGUCUAUUUCUUUAUAGUACGUCAGUGGUUGCUACUUUUGAAGAGAGGGUAACAUCAAAAAGGUCGCGAUCCCUGCAGACACCUAAUUUUAUUUCAAGUUAUACCCGUCAUUUUCUUAUCCGCCGAAAAGGGACGAAUGAUUGACAGCUGUCAAUUUUAAAAUGAAUGAGUGAAUGAAUGAAUAAUCCGGGCGAAUCGAAUAGACGUCUCGCUGGUAUGCGACGCGUUUGACGUGUGCUGUCAACUUAAUUCUGUCUGGUUAUUGGCCAAUGCAGUUUUAGCUCAAGCGACCAACCAUUUGGCUGUAUACCGAAAAUGUCGACCUUGACACUGGCAGAAUUGUCAAAAAUGACAGAAGCCAUACUUCAAAAAUUGAAUUGAAUUGGCCAAUGUAAUUGUUUGAUAGGGUUGUUUUAAGAGUUUAGCCUAAAAUUAACGUGUGUUCCAUUAGUUUUAUGCGUGUCGAUUUCCCGUCCCUUUCCUUUUCGGCGGAUAAGUAAAUGACAGGUGUAGCUCAAAGUUAAACGUGUAUACUGGAAUUAGCAUAAUUAUAUAUUCCAGGGUAUUCAUUUGUAUUCAAUACCUUUUUAACGUUUAAUUUGGGAAUUUCCAAGCCACGUAUCCAAAAAAUAAUAUAGAUGGCGAUGUAUGGUCACGAGUACUAACAUAUAUACACUUUGAAACCAUGUCACAUUAACUUUUUUGACAUAUUAAACCGUAAGUCUCAUUAAAUGUCAAAUAUGAUAGUGCGACAGGGUUCCAAAGUGGGUACAUGACUGUCCAAUGUUGCCUUCUCUUCUAAUUUCAUGGAUAACAGACAUAUAUGCAUCUUUUAUCUUUGUUUUUGGGUAUAAAUGACGACCCUUGUUAUUACAACCAGGCACAACACAUCUUCCACCCAUUAUUAUUCUGAUCAAAAUAAAGAGAAGCAAUAUAAUGUAGACGACAGGUCGACAUGGCAAUUCUCUAGUGACGUGACGUUUUCAAUAUCGAUAUAUUUUCAUUAUGUAUGUAACAAAAUGUGAAUAAAAUAAUACCAAGUUUUCAUUUAAGUUAAUAUUUAUUCAUCUGAAUCAUCUAACGUAUCGCUACAAAAACUUAAAGAAUCUUCGUCACUGGUAUCUCAAAUGUGAAUAAAAUAAUACCAAGUUUUCAUUUAAGUUAAUAUUUAUUCAUCUGAAUCAUCUAACGUAUCGCUACAAAAACUUAAAGAAUCUUCGUCACUGGUAUCUCCGACUUUUAUAAUAAAAUCUUCCAUUUCAUUUUCCAUUCCCAUGUCUUUUUCCCAAUAUUAAUUUUCAAGGUAAAUUUGUAACAAUUAUUUUUCCGUUCAAUGUCACAAUUUUCUAACACUUUUCUAGCUAGUUCUCGAGCUUGAGAUUGAAUUAUUGGUUUUUUUGCUUGAACACGCGACAAAGAUGCAACCGUAGCCAUUUUUAAAACACAAUAGUAAUAAAUUAUGUGAGCGAGAUUAUAAUCGAUAAACGCGGUCGAUACGGACUCGUGCGACACUAAGACUAAGACGCCGCGGGGACUGUGCGGGUGUGCGGGGCGACCCCGCCUCCGCGGCUCACCUCAUGCCCCGAUUGCCAUGUCGACCUGUCGUCAACAGUAGUUAGCAACAUAAUACUAUAUAUUAUGUGAUCCAAAUAUCAAGCAACAAUUAUUUUUAUAUAUGCCUCUGAAACAUUAUGUACCCAAGCCAUGAGAACAUAGGGAAUUAUCACGUUGAAGUUAAACAGCGCCCUCUAUUAUUCUUUUUAGAACGUGACCUGGAAAUUCGCUCAAAACAUGUAUAAAACUCUUUAGAACCCUGUUCCAUUGACAUAUUUUGCCUUUGGCGAGACUUUGUUUCUAUUUGUCAAAUAAGUUAAUGCGAUAUGGUUCUAAAGUACGUAAGUGAUGUUGGUUGUAACUUAAAAACAUUCGAAUUUUAUAUUUUUAGUGGGCAUAGGGGGGUUUUUAUUUAUAAUCUUCAUUUUUAAUUAUGUUUACAUUGAAAACGUAAUAUACAAUUUGUACUGGGA